AUGGGUAACAUUCUGUCCAAGGUCUCGUCGAGCGCUAUCGUGCUUUUCAAGCGCCACACAGGACACGCCAAGUCACCCGACCACCCGUACGAGGAGCUUCCCUCCGAGAUCUACGAAUCGCCCCCCACCUCGCCUGUCAGAACACCCGAUGAUCUUGUGUCGUUCGACAGCCCGUACGACGAGCUGUACUGGGAGCCAUCCACGCCUCCCCUCACCAGCAAGCCGACCAUCCGCUGGGUCCCACCCACGACGUACCGGCACGAAGUGCUUCCGUUUGAGGACGGACUGCCACUUGGCCGUGUCGUCAACGGCGUGCGGAUCACUGAGCCCCGCCCCAUCGACUUGCUGCAUCACUUUUACUCGAAGUAA